GUCCUUUGUUCAGUGAAGCAAUGUCUUUAGGUUUGUGAUUUCCUACAUUGAAUUUGUUUCACUCUUUUUCUUUUGAAUUUUUGUUCUCUGAUUCUCAUGGCGCUGUUGUCGCAUUGCACUCGUCGUCUCAUCUCACACACUUCCGUAAGAUCACCUCUUCGAUCCAUCAAUCAUUCCCUUUUUCUCAACCCUACUGUGCCGCAGCGUCCAUCCCCAUUAUUUAUCAGAACUUUAGUGUACCAACUAGGAAGUGUGCAGUCACUUUUGCCUCUACAUAGUGCAGUGGCUACUUCAAGAUUGGUGUCUAGUCUCAGCAUUAAUUCAAGGAGUUGUGGAGCUCUUUCACUGGCUACCCUCUGCUGCGACUUCCCUGGACCCUGAGAUCUUUGUAACUUUGGGCGACUGUCUCCUUUCUUAUGUUUCCAACGGGCUCAGUUGAAGAGAAUAAGCACAACUCAACAUGUGGAGCUCUUAUGAUUGACCAAAACUAAUGACUAGUUUGAUUUUCUGAUGAGUUGAGCUGCGAAGAGUUUAGCCUAAGUUCAUUUUCUUCUUAUGGACCAGAUGUAACUUUGCUUGUUUAUUAAUCUUUGUAUGGACAACCUCUUUUUGAA